GGGGAGAAUCAACCGUCUCCUAAUUUUAACCAGUAUGUGAGGGACCAGGGGGCCAUGACCGACCAGCUGAGCCGAAGGCAGAUCAGGGAAUACCAGCUCUACAGCAGGACCAGUGGCAAACACGUCCAGGUGAACGGCAAACGGAUCACGGCCACCGCCGAGGACGGCAACAAGUUCGCCAAGCUCAUUGUGGAGACAGACACUUUUGGGAGCCGGGUCCGUAUCAAGGGGGCCGAGAGUGAGAAGUACAUCUGCAUGAGCAAGAGGGGCAAGCUCAUCGGGAAACCCAACGGGAAAAGCAAGGACUGUAUCUUCACCGAGAUC